CUCUCUCUCUCUCUCUCUCUCUGUGCCCUAUCAAUAUCAUCCAUUUCUCCCAAGGCCCUAUGGACAUAAACAAACAUGUACAUAAACAAGAAAAACAAAACUAUAUUUCCUCCUCUGCUACUUCAGAAUUUCCCCAAACUAUGUCUUCCAUGCCACCUUUACUUUCUCUCUUCACCCCAAAAUCUUGCCUGAAACCCCCAAAAAAAUCUCAUUUAUCCCCAAAUCUUCCCAAAAAUCCCCUUCUGUCUCACCAAAUAUUGCAAAUAAAACAUGCCCAAUAUGUGUCUGAGGUCCACGGCCUUCAAUAUCAAUAUGCAUCACAUAGUUUUUAUCCCCAAAAUUACUCAACAAAAUAUCUAAAGAGACCCAAACUCCAUAUCCCUAGAGCUAGUGCAAGCUCUGAUCCAAUUACAAAUGCAGAGAAGAGAAAAGGCAUAGGAACCCUAAAACUUGGCCUUGUAUUUGGGCUCUGGUAUUUAUACAAUGUCAUCUUCAACAUAUACAACAAGAAGGUGCUCAUUCUCUUCCCUUAUCCCUGGUUUCUGGCCUCUUUCCAGCUAUUCACUGGCUCUCUAUGGAUGCUUUUUCUCUGGUUUUUUAAGUUUCAACCAUGCCCAACAAUCUCCAAGGGCUUCAUUCUUGCCCUGCUUGGCCCUGCCUUCUUCCACACAGUGGGUCACAUAUCUGCCUGUGUUUCUUUAUCUAGAGUUGCAGUCUCAUUUACCCAUGUCAUAAAAUCAUCAGAGCCUGUGUUUUCGGUGGUUUUCUCGGCCUUUUUAGGAGAAAGAUACCCAUUUCUAGUAUGGCUCUCUCUCUUCCCAAUUGUAUUUGGCUGUUCUUUGGCAGCCAUUACUGAACUCAGCUUUAAUUUGCAGGGAUUUUAUGGGGCAGUUAUCAGUAAUAUUGGGUUUGUUCUUAGGAAUAUUUAUUCCAAGAAGAGUUUGGGAGAAUUUAAGGAUAUUGAUGGACUUAAUCUUUAUGGAGUGAUCAGUAUUUUGUCAUUUUUUUACCUGUUUCCAGUGUCCAUUGUUGUGGAGGGAUCACAGUGGGUAGAGGGUUUUAACAGUGCAGUAAAAGCAAUUGGGAAGCCAUGGAUUUUCUUACUUUGGGUGUUAAUUUCUGGGGUUUUUUACCAUUUAUAUAACCAGUCUUCAUAUGAAGCUCUUGAUGAGAUAAGUCCAUUGAGCUUUUCAGUUGGGAAUACCAUGAAGAGGGUUGUGGUUAUUGUGGCCAGUCUUUUGGUGUUUAGGAAUCCUAUUAGACCUCUCAAUGCAUUGGGAUCUGCUGUAGCUAUUCUGGGUACCUUCCUAUAUUCUCAGGCCACACAAAAGAUCAAAGCAAAAAGAUGAGACUCGCUCUCUAAGAAUAUGAUUAUUCUCAGGCCACACAAAACAUGACUCUCUCUCUCUCUCUAUGAUUCUCUCUCUAAGAGUAUGAUGUUUGAAUUUUCAGCAUGUAUGUGAGUUAAUCAUUGACCUUCUCUAAAGAUGAGAUCGAACUCUGUUUCCCUCUCUCUCUCUAUUCAUGUACAUUUUAUUAUCAUUAACCCUCUCUAAAGAGAGCAAAAGCAAUUA